AUGUACUCCUCUCUCCAAAGCUUGCGCCUGGCGCGGCGUGCGCUCUCCACGGCGCCCGCCCUAACCCAGGGCGCCUCGACGCCGAAGGCCUCCGGGCUAAUGGGCGCACUUAAGCGCGCCCUAGGACCAAGCGCCGAGCCGCUUCCGCCUAAUUACCGUGUCGAUCCCGCCCUGUUGCCCGAAGUCGCCACAAAAGUCACCGUACUCCCCAACGGCUUGCGCGUCGCCUCCGAGAGCCAACCCGUUGGAGCUGCCGUGGUCGGCGUCUGGAUCGACGCCGGCACCAGGUUUGAAGACGAGCGCGUCAACGGCGCCGCCCACUUCCUCGAGCAUUUGAUCUUUAAGGGCACCAAGAAUCGCGGACAGCGCGAGCUCGAGGUUGGCGUCGAGAAUGUUGGGGCCCAUCUCAAUGCGUACACGAGCCGCGAGCAGACCGUCUACUAUGCUCGAUCGCUUAAGAAUGACGUCCCCGCUAUGACCGGCUUGUUGGCUGAUAUCCUUCAGAACUCAGAAAUAUCCGACGCGGCCGUUGACCGCGAGCGCGAUGUGAUAUUGCGCGAGAUGGAGGAGAUUGAUCAGAUCCAGGAGGAGGUUGUCUUCGACUACUUGCACGGUACCGCCUUCCAAGACUCCCCACUAGCCCGAACCAUUCUCGGUCCAGUCGAGAAUAUUCGCUCUCUCAAAUCAGCGGACCUCAAGGCGUACAUCGCGGAGCACUACAAACCACAUCGCAUGGUCCUCGCCGCUGCUGGUGAUGUCGACCACGACGAGCUUGUGGCCCUCGCCACGGAUCAUUUCGGAUCCAUGCCGGCAGAUCCCAACCCAGCUUCCUCCCUCGACCUCGUCGCUGAAAAGCCAGCUUAUCUUGUUGGGUCCGACGUCCGUAUUCGUAACGACGACAUGCCCGUGGCGCACUUCGCUUUGGCGUUUGAGAGCUGCGGAUGGGCACACCCAGACGCCGUGUCAUUCAUGGUGUUGCAGUCUCUCAUGGGCUCAUAUGACCGCGCUUCUACCACCGCUUCUAGCAGCUCCUACCGUCUCUCCUCCACGCUUUCAUCGAUCCCUAAUGCAAAGACCGCCACAACCUUCAACACCACCUACACAGAUACGGGCCUGUUCGGAAUUUAUGUCACUGGCGAACCACCGGAGCUUGAUGAUAUCGUUGUUCCAAUUCUUGGCGAACUGGUCCGAAACUGCUUCAAGGUUGAUGCACAUCAAUUGGAGAACGCGAAAACCGCUCUGAAGACGAGUCUGCUCGCCCAGCUGGACGGUCCGACCGGUACGGCGGAAGAAAUCGGCCGUCAGCUGCUUGUGUAUGGGCGCCGUGUUCCCACUUCCGAGUGGUUUGCACGGAUCGAUGCUGUCGAUGCUGACGCGAUCAAGCGCAUUUCGAACAAGUACAUUUUCGACCGUGAGCUGGCCAUCACGGCAAUGGGCCCGAUCCAUUCACUUCCGGACUACAACUUCUUCCGUCGCCGCACCUACACUAACCUGUUCUAGACUGCCUACGUGCCCUGGUAGUGCGUUUUCAUUAUAAACGAACAUAUGCAAAAAGCAAUUCAGAGCGUCAUAA